UCUUCUAUACUUCUUCAGAGUUGUGUAAUAGCUUUGGCAACGAUUGGUUGUGCUGAACAUGUGAACACACGGUUUCGACUGUGAUUUAAUGGAGGAUUCAAUGGAAACUACUGGCCGAAUGUAAAAUCAAACUAACGAAAAUGCCUUUGAUCUGGAAUAAUAAGGAGUACAAACUGGUCAACGAUAACAGUGAAUGGAACAAGCUGGACUUUGUCAUUGCGAGAAAAUUGCGUGUUGUGUACAACGAGCCCAUUACCAUCGAUCGAGUGAAGAAAUCUUUCACAAUCUACGGUGACAUCGAAAAGAUAGAAACGUUCAGAGACAAUUCCAGCAAAACGCAAUUCGCCCAUGUGACUUUCAAGGACAGUCGCAUGACAUACUUGGCAUUGAUAGAUAGCAAGGAAAAUCCACAUCACGACAUGAAACAAAUUCAACCGGCAGAUGUUCACCAACAACCCGAUAAUCCGAUUGAUUUGUCAAUGUCGCCAUUUUACAAUCUUCCCGAUGACUGUCUACUCGCUAUAUUUGGACACUGUGACAUUACCAGCCUUGCCACCCUAUCAGUUGUGUGCAAAAGAAUGUUCCAGCUGCUUCGUGAUCGUGUUUUCUCAAACAAAUUGAAAUUGAAAACGGUGGCGCUAAGCAAAGUCAACGUUGUGGACAAUUUGGUAACAGUUGGUCGUCUUGUGCAGUGCAUUGAUCCCAAAACGUUUCACAUCAAAAUCCGUAAAAGUUCUGAUUGCUUGCAUUGGCCUUCAGUUGCUGUCGACUUUGUUGGUUCAGACGAAAAUAAGCUCUCUGUCGAUGUGAGCUUUUAUAAAACGGAAUGGCUGUGUGCAUUGGACCCAAUUGUACGACUCAUAAAGACUGUCUGCAUCCAGCGCUCUGUCUAUGACCAAAAUGUACCGUUUAAUGGAAGCGGUAAAAUGUCAUGGCCGAACGCGACGCUGCUGAUUAUGAGAGGUUUCUCCACCAAGCGAUCGGUUCCCGAUUUCACAUCAAUCGUAGCCGCCAUGCCAAAUUUGGAGACCAUUUACAUCCAGUGCUUGUUGUUCAAAAUGAAUCUCCGAAGUCUGUACAAUAAGAAUUUGAAAAAGAUCUGCUUUGAGAACUGUUCGUUCAAUUCGGACAUAUCGAAGGAUCGACUCGUCCAAAUGGCCAAUCACGUCAAAGCACAUGGAACCAAUUUUCCGCUUAGUUUGAUUUUCGAUCGGAUUCAGACGAUUCGACACCAGCAUGUCACCUAUCCCCUUCAAUUCGGUGGAGGUGACGACGAACUGGAUGAUGAUGACGAUGAUGAUUCUGAGAACAACGACGACUACAAACAUCAAUUCAAGGACCCAGAGUACAUCACAAUUGUACAGGAGUCGACGUACAGCGAUAUUAUGAAGGCGCUGAACGAUCCAACCGUUUCGGAAUACCUCUACAUAGAAGUCGGUAAAAUAUACCGUGAUUAACAGGAUUUAACAGUGGUGAUUUUACAAGAACAUAUUGCAUUUCAAUUGAUUAAAAAUGUUAGCCAAAUAUCAACAUUUGCGACAUCAUGUGUUUGACAAUAUAACGUAUUUACGUUCGCACAA